GAACUAAUUAAGGUAUAUUUCCUUUCUCUUUUAGUAUUAAGUCAAUGGUAUGGCAUCACCUUGUCGCAAUCGAAGAUCACUGAACGAACUUUCGCCUGUGAUUAAAGAAGUAGACAAUACUCUGAAGGAGCAGUACAAGAUAGGAGACUAUGUUUGGGUCAAAGUCAAGACACAGCCGUGGUGGCCCGCAGAGGUAGUUGAAGAUGAACGUAUGCCAGAGUUAAUGUACGAGAAUACACGAAGACCAGUUGUUGUCAAGUACUUAGGAGAAGAUGAAUAUGCACGAAUUACCAAUCCAAAAUCGAUCUGCCUUUACAAUUGUCCAAUGAGGGAGACAUACAAAGUAGAAGGUCUUAGAAUGAAAACAUCCAAAGGCAAAGAAACAAGAGAAAUAUUUUUAAGGGCAUUAAAGCUGGCUGAAAAUCUAGACAAGAAUUCAGACUUAGAGGCGUCAGAGGCUUCAAUGACAGAUAAAUCAGGUGAACACAGGAAAUGUUUGUUCCAGUCAGAUCCAGACCAAAAGGAUGAUUUAGAUAGUCAGACAAAGAAGACAGAGGAAUCAGUGAAUAUCAGAAACACAGAGAAAUCUAGGAAAUCUACAUCAGAACCACAGGAGGGUCAUACGAGGUCAGCUGGUCCUCUACCUGUGUCAGAAUCACCUGUCCCUCAGGUGUGUUCCCCGGCUGAUGAUGAAGUGUCACAGUUCACCCCUGGGGCCUCAGUGUGGGUUAAAUUACCCAGACUACCUUGGUGGCCAGCAAAGGUGAAGGAGGUGACAAAGACAGGGAACAAGCCGUCUAUCUGUGUGGAAUUUUUUAAUGAAGUUGACAUAGAGAACAUUAAAGACCUUAAGAAAAUCAAACAGUUUCGCUGUUCAGAGAAAGAAGACUUCUACAAGAAAGGUAUGAAGACUCUUAAGACCAAGCAGAAAACAGAUUUAUUUGGUGCAGCAUAUGAAAUGGCUACAUCCAAUAUGUUGGACAGGACAGUCCUGAAUCUAGAAUGUGUUCCUUUAAAUCAAAUCUCUAGUGGUGAAAUAUCUGCUGACCCAGAAACUAAGGAUUCUGAAUCUAAGGUGACACCACUGACUAAAAUGAAAAGAAAGAGACAAGCUGACAGUGAAGAAAGUCUGUCUGGUAAAAGAAGAAAAAAACAUGGUGGCAAAACUAGUGACACAACAGUGAACCAAUCAAACAGUGAGAAAAGUCUGCAUAAAACUUCUGUCUCAGGAAAUACUCAGGAUGAUAAAAAACCAAAGUAUUCAAGUUAUUCUAAAGGAGAACCUAAAAUGAAAGGGAAAAAAUCUGUGUCUAAGAAAAAGUUUAAGUCUUCAAACUGUGUGAAAACGAACAGUGAUAAUAAUCAGGAAGAACAAUUAAUAGAGUGUGACGAAUCCCUUCCACAAUUAAUGAAACGAAAUAAGACCAGUAGAGGUCAGAUAAAAAACUCAACCUCGAAAUUCAUGAAAAAGAGGAAAACCAUGAAAAAGAAUAGACAAGGGAGAGACGAGAUGCGAACAGAGAUACAGGAGGAAAGAGAGGAAGAAUUGUGUACGAGGGACGACACUGUUUACAACGAGAGCAGUUCUCCAAUCUCGUAUGGUGGGAAGCUGGACUAUAAUGAAGCCAGUUCUCCGAUUCCAUAUGGUGGGAAAAUGGAUCACUCAGAAGGAAGUUCGCCAAUACCGUACGGUGGAGACUUGAACUCUGAGAGGCCUUCAUCUCUUACAGAAAACAUAACAGAAGAAGAAGGAGUUCAGCAUGAUUCCCUGAAUCUGCAGACAACUAAACAUUCACCAAACUGUAUGGACACUGAGGAGCUAAACAGCAAAACAGACAGCAAGCAGCUCGCUAUCAGUGAUGAUGGGAAAAGAGAGGACUUUGACCCCAAUCUAGAUGCUGAUGACUGCUAUGUUAGUGGAUCAGAUGAUGAAGAUUUACCAGAUGCACUUACUCCAUCUAGACAAGUGACAAUUAAAGAGAGAGACAUUGUAUGGGUAAAGUGGAAGGGAUGCCCUGUGUGGCCAGCUGUUGUCAGAAGACUGGGUAAGAAGAAGAAGAAAAUCGUUAAGGUGUCCCUCACCCUCAUUGAGCCUCACAGCUCUAUCCCUAAAAGGUUGACCCUGAAUUACAAUCCUAGGACAGUAAUUCCUUAUAACACCCAGGA